UGUAGUGGAUGUUUGCUGUACAGGGGCAUUUUUAUUUUGGGUUGUUUUUAAACAUCUGUAUUGUAAUAUAUUCUGUUGGAAUUUUUCUUGGAAACAGGGAACACAGGUAUACCUGCCUGGAGACUGAGGACAGGGUGUCGGGACAAAACCAUGGCUUUUUAUUCCAGUUCAGGACACCGUUGCCUUCAGAGCCUUCUAACUUGGGCAAAUUUUGUCCUUGUGUGCUGCGGCAUUGCUCUGAUGGCCAUGUGCAUCUACUUCAUUUAUGACCACGAGGGUGUGUACGUGCUGGUUGACGCAACGGGCAGCGAGAGCGUGUGGAGGGCAGCUUGGAUCGGCCUCUUCACAGGGUUCGCCUUCAUCUGCGUGCCUGUGUUUGGAAUGUACGCCAUCAUGAAGUCCAGCAAAAAACUCAUAUUUGCGUAUUUCAUACUGAUGUUGAUUGUCUUUGCGUUUGAAAUGGCGUCUGCUAUAACAGCUGCAACACACAAAGACUGGUUUUCACCAAACCUUUUCCUCAAGGAGAUGCUACAGUACUACAAUAAGCCUCUUCCAGGGGUCGUGCCCAGCAACCAGGAUGAGAUUUACAAAAUAAAGGGAGUAACAGCUGCUUGGAAUCGAAUCAUGAUUGAGAAAAAAUGCUGUGGAGUAAAUGGACCCCAAGACUGGGUGACUUUUGACUCCUACUUCAGGCAACAAAACAUUGAUGCGGACUAUCCCUGGCCCAGGCAGUGCUGCCAGCAGGACGCCAUGGGCGCUUUCAGCAGCUUGGACGGCUGUAAGAUCGGCCUAAAUCCCUACUUGUCUAAUACGGGCUGUUAUCCUUACAUUGGUGAUUAUUUGCGCACAUUUGGUCUGGCCGUCUCCUGGUUUGGAUUUUCCAUCUUGUGUUGGACUUUCUUGGUAUUGCUUGGUAUGAUGGCAUUCUACAUUUUACUCGAUUACUGAUGAAGACUGGAAAUCAAAGAACAAUGAGGUGUGAUGUGUGGCAGAGCAUGGAUGCAAAGAAAUCCACAAACAAGUAAUGAAUGAAGCUUUGCAUGGAAGAUUAUGCAUUUUUAUAUUGUAUUAAGAAGCAGUUCAUGGCCCUGGGAAUCACUGAAAAUAUGAUACAUGACAUGAAUGCAGUCCCAGUACUAGCAUAAGAAAAAGUUCCAGAAUAGCCCCAUGAAAGCCUUCAAGUGCUCUGAUUUAUAAAUUGAUUUUGGAUCUAGGGUCUAUUGGACCACAUGCCUAUUGCCCUUUAUACCGCUGCACAGGGCCCAGAAUUUCUAUCUUGCUCAUUGUUAUGCUAUUCCUGAGAAAUUUAAGGCUGCCUGAACUUAAAUUAACUCUUCUAAAUAUUGCAUAUAUAAACUUUUUAAUUUUGUUUUGUGACAAAAUUUAUAUACAAUGUUACCCAUAAGUGGAGUAGUGGCUAAA